AGCAGAGAAACCAGUCUCACGCCAAAUCGCCUAUUAUCAGAACCACCAAAUUGUGAAGAAAACAAGAUCUCACAAGCAAAAGACCAUGGCAACUCUGAACUGGGGUUAUGAGGGCAGCAAUGGACCUGACCAAUGGCACAAAUUAUACCCUAUUGCCAGUGGAGAUCAUCAGUCUCCUAUUGAUAUCAAAACCAAAGGAGUAAACAAAGACCCAUCUCUAGGGCGUCUCCAGAUCACUUGGAAUUCAGGCACAUGUAAAGAAAUCAUCAAUGUUGGACACUCCUUCCAUGUGAAUUUUGAAGACAAGGAUAAUCAAUCAGUGGUGACUGGUGGACCCUUGACUGGAAGCUACAGGCUGCGUCAGUUUCAUUUUCACUGGGGCCCAGUUGAUGAUCGUGGUUCUGAGCACGCAGUGGACGGAGCCAAAUAUGCAUCAGAGCUUCAUCUGGUCCACUGGAAUUCAGAUAAAUAUUCAAGCAUAGCUGAGGCUUCAGAUAAGCCAGAUGGUUUGGCAAUUGUCACUGUUUUUCUGAAGGUUGGUCCCCCCAAUGAAAAACUACAGGAAAUUGUAAAGGCUUUAGGUGCAGUAAAGACCAAGGGAAAACAAGCUCCAUUCACUAAUUUUGACCCGUCAACCCUACUUCCUAAAUCCAUGGAUUACUGGACCUACAAUGGCUCUCUGACUCAUCCUCCCCUUUAUGAGAGUGUUAUCUGGAUUAUCUUUAAGGAACCUAUUACCAUCAGCUCAGAGCAGCUGGCCCAGUUCCGGAGCAUCCUAUCUUCUGCUGAAGGUGAAACACCUUGUCCCAUCUUGACCAAUCAUCGACUUUGUCAGCCACUGAAGGGCAGAGUAGUGAGAACCUAAAGACAGACAGUCAAGAUGACUGACCAGGAGUGAAGCCAUUUUAUCCAAAGCAAAGUUCCUAAACAUAACACCAUGUAACAGUUCACAGGAAUCAGGAAAAAAUAAAUUUGCU